GCGGGGGUGUCGUGUUGGAGGGAAACCUGCUCAGGGUCAUCCUUGCAGUGAUUGUUGUGAGAGUUGCUAUGCCCACCAAAGUCUUCAUCACGAUUCAGUGAUCUCUUCCAAGUACCAUCUCAGUAACAUAGCACAGCAUAGCAUGCAUGCUGAGCACAACAGACUGUCAAAGUAUCUGCACAUUGUUGUUUAUGACGAUUGUUGAAGGAUGGAAACACAUUUCCUGUUUGUGUGUUUUCUUUUAACAGUUAUUACAGCUUCUCAAGAAUGCUUGACGGAAAGAAAUUUAGCUUUGACUGGAAGGGCCACCCAGUCAGACCUUGUGAAAUCGCCAUACGCGGGGGAAGGCAUUGCCCAAAAUGCCAUUGAUGGAAAUCGGGACUCACAUUUCCAUCAUGGAUCCUGCACUCUAACUGAUGAAGAUACUAACCCCUGGUGGAGGGUUGACCUGAUGAAGGAGUACGUCAUCACAUCAGUGGUCAUCACCAACAGAGGAGACUGCUGCCAUGAGAGACUAGAUGGAGCUGAGAUUCGCAUUGGCAGCUCCCUUAUUGACAACGGCAACGACAACACACAAGUUGGAGUAAUAUCCUCUAUCCCAGCUGGGGAAAGCCAGACCUUCACAUUCAGCCCUGGCGUCAGUGGUCGCUAUGUUAAUGUUUUUCUGCCAGGCCCCAACAGGACUUUAAGUCUCUGUGAGGUUGAGAUUUAUGGCUAUUUGGCACCAACUGGUGAGAAUGUGGCCUUAAGAGGAAAAGCCACUCAGUCAUAUCUUCAUUCACACGGCUUCGCUUAUAACGCUAUUGAUGGGAAUCGUGAUGCUAUAUGGGGUCAUGGGUCCUGUACUCACACAGAGGGUCACCUCAACCCCUGGUGGAGGGUGGACCUGCUCCAGACAUACAAAGUCUUCUCAGUGAUCAUCACCAACACUGCGCAUGAACCUAGUCGGCUGAAUGGGGCUGAAAUCCGGAUUGGCAAUUCUUUGGACAACAAUGGCAUCAAUAAUCCCAGGUGUGCUGUAAUCUCCUCUAUUCCUGCUGGAUUUUCUGAGACGUUUCAGUGCAACGGCAUGGAGGGACGUUAUGUGACUGUGGUGAUACCUGGACGGGCAGAGUAUCUACACCUCUGUGAAGUAGAGGUGUAUGGAUCACCACUGGAUUGAAGCUCUUCAAAACAGCACACAUCAUCCAUAACGUUUUCCUUUUUUGAAAACACAGCCAUAAUGAAUGUCAUCAUUUAGAGAACCCAAAAGGAAUUGUGAUUUUUUUGUGUGUGUUAAGAUAAGAUAAGAUAAGAUAAACUUGUAUUGUCUGUUUGUACA